AUGCCAAUUUAUGCUCAAGUUUCUCUCACGAAUUCCGAUUCUUUAUCAUCACACGUACUCAAUCUUGGGUUUAUGGUCACAUGGAUGGUGUUUGUUGUUGUCGCAGUUGACGGUUUGGACAGUUUAUAUGUUUUGGUAACUUAUCACUGUAUCGGGAAGUUGGCAGUUUGUUCUCAUCUUGCAUCAAACAUUAAUCAACACACAGAUGAGCAAUAUAUUUUGAAAUUAAUUAAAAAACAUUUGGAUGUUCUUGAUCUCAUUAAAGUUUCGGCGAAAUUUUAUAAUAAAUUGAAUUCUGUUCAACUUUGUGUAUCAUUCGGGGCAAUUGCCACCAGUAUGUACAACAUGAAACUCAAUUUUGAGAUACUGCUCAUUGUGCCUCUAAGUGCUGCUUUAAUUCAACUUUUCUUUUACUUCUAUGUGGGACAUCAGCUUUCAUCAAUGAACGCUCAACUUCAACAUUCAAUUUAUGGAUCAAAAUGGUACGAAAUAAAAAGUAUUUCCUUGAAGAAGAAAAUUUUAUUCAUGCUGAUGAUGAUGCAACAUGAUAAAGGCUAUUCAGUCAUGGGGCUUAAAACUAUAAUGAAUUUCGAAAGUUUCUCAGAUGUCAUGAAGCAAGUCUACGGAUUCUUGAAUUUUUUGUUGAAUGUCAUGUAA